CCUAAGGUACCUGAUAGGUGGUAUUGUACUCCUCAUGCCCGGCUCGCCUCCCAAAAUCAACUUAUCAACUUAUUGUGUGCCUAGGACCUGCGUAGCUGUUAAAGACUAACGCCUAUACCUAACAUAUUAUUUCUGUUUUCCUAUCAUCUUACCAUUAUCUACUGAAUACCUCUAAUUUUAUAUUUCUCUUUUGUCGACUUUCCCUAGUCUAAUCCCAAAGAUGAGGUGGGCGUCCUGGGUGUUCGUCUUAGAGGACUAUAUCGUCGAAAAGCUUCUCCGAUCCCCGACCUUUCAACGAGGAGUUAGACGCGUCCACCAAACCGUAGUGGAUAUCAAAUACGGCCGUGAUCCGAGCGAGCCGCUGCGGGAAGGAGAAGCUACCCGACACCCAACGAAUUCUAGGUUAAAGGGGUUCAUGUCACACUUUGCUGAAGAACUUCGCAACCAACUCCGCGAUACAACUCGUCCUAAGAAGUGAACUAUUUGGAAGGAAUGACCAUAUUGAUAUCAACAGGAUAAACAUCCGCUCCUUCGAAGGUCGGAAGCGGAAGAUAUGUCGACCAACUAAAAUUAGGGAAAUGACGCCGGCUACUCAAUUUGAGAGGAGUCGUAGCUCGUCUUG